CAACAAGGAAUUCAGAAGAUCAUUAAGAGUCGUGUCCUUAAACCAUCCUGCCGUGGAAAUGUGAAGGUUACAAAAAAAGCUUUAAAAACUGUCACUUCACAGAUUUAUGAAAAAAUCAAUGCCCCAUUUAAAAAAACAUUCGGGGUAACAUUUGCGAAGGCACAAACCAAUGUACCUAAGUUAGGUCUUCAAGACAAAAAAUCACAUGCUGAAAUGAAAAAGGAAAGGAGAAAAAAGUCCAGAGUUGACAAGAGUUGCAUCCAAGAGAAAUGGUCAGAAAAGGACUGCGACACCAUGCUUUCUUGCAGACAGACGUACAGCCAGCGACAGGAACAGCGGUUGUCACUUUUCUUUGAAAGUCCAGGAGAUGCAGAACAAAGGGCCAAUAAAAGGAAGCAACAGGAAGAAGAAGGUCAACGUAAGAAGAAAAGGCACUCUCCAAGGCCAGAAGAUCUUGACUUUGACAAAGACGGGCUCCUUGCGAAAGUAAACAAAAUGAGUGAUGGAGAAAGGGUG